AAAACAGGAAAGCAGACUUAAAAAAACAGCAAAAAACAAUUACCCCAAAGUAGGGGCUGGUUAACCCUGUUAUCUACAGAAAAUACAUUUCUUGAUAAUAACGAUCAUUAUUAUCAUAAAUACUCAUUACUUUUCUUAGAACUGUAUUGAAUUUUCUGUGGAGAACAAGCUUUGCCAGCCCCUACUUUGGGGGGGACAUUACUGCCACAGACCAAGUCUGUGUGCAAAGCAUCUGGCCAUGGAGCCGGACAGUAGCAGACAACAAAUUCCAGACAUGCUUGAGAGAGAGGAGAAGACUUCAACCACUUCCUCUGAGCUACAGCUCCAAUCACCCCAAAGAUCUCCAAAGAAAUUGUUCCUUCGGCCCCGCUCCUCUAAACCGGACAAAGUCUCCCAUCCUCCUCCAUGGGAAGAAGACCUGCAGCCAGAGGAUCAUCCCUGUAGCCCGACAAAGAAGAUUCUUAACUUGGAAUCUCAUGAAUUUCAAAACAAUGAUUUUAUUGAAAAUGUUCAGUUCCAAAAUAUAACUAAGGACAAAAAUCUAAAUUUACACCCCAUUGUAAAUCCUGAAAAAGUGACAUUCAGUACUCAGUCAGUGAAAGACAGUUUUGAAAAACAAACAAAUAUUUCUGACAAAACUGAACUUUUUACUAAAAUGAAAUCACAUUUGACUUUAGACAAAGAGUCAAGUAUUGACAUAAUGCCUCACGAUGAACUCAUGAAGUCUGUCCUUGCAUAUUACCACGCUAAACACCAAAGACAGGAAAAGCAAUAUGCAUUUGCUGUUGCUUAUUUGAAAAAUGGUUAUUGGAUCAUUUUUCCCACAGUUUAUCCAGACCAUUCAAAGAGGGGCGGACGGUCUGCUGUUCCCACUAAAAAACACAGUGAGGAAAAAUUAAUUCAACAGAUUGACGAUUUCUUAAAAAAAAAUGGAACCCAAGUGAUAAAACUUUUGGUGUUUUCUUAUAACAGCCCAUGUUUGAGGAGAGAGAACAAUGCCAUCUGCUGUAUGUUUCUACUUUCACAGAAAGCUGUUCAGUGGCACAAUAUGUAUGGAUUUUUUACCAAAGUGGCGUUUACAAAACCUUGGGGACUAACUGGUCCAAAUUUUUUUAAGCGUCUCACUUAUUCUGACAUCUCAGAUCCGGGGAGUGUUUUUUUUUCAUAUAUUGAAAAAUGCAAGAACACGCCUUUCAAAGUCAAUCAAAAAAAAUUAAAUGAAGUGAGAAAUUUUUUUAGAAAACUAAGUAGUCUUACCAAAUCCACUUUUCACAAACUGAAUCAGCCAAAAACUUCAUGUCACAAUAAAAAAGACCAUUUGGAGCGUGGAAUUACAAUUAUUAAAUCUGAAUUUCCCCCUGAGGUCAGAGAAGAAAACAUCACAUUACUCAAUCAAUCAAUCACACAGUGGGAGGAUUUUAUCAACGAUGAAUCAAUGUCACCAAUAAGAGAAAAAAUAACCACGGAUUUCAACAAUGCAGUAGUUCAGCUUUUUGUAAAAGAGCUAAAGUUUUUUGGGGGGGACAGCAGCCCUCUAAAGCUUUAUCAGGUCCCACAGAACAUGGAGGGGGAGGGAGAAUAUGUUCAACAGAUUAGAGAGCUUUUUAAUCCGCCAUCACUGCCUCACAGCAAGAGGGUUCCUGUUUCGAUUCCGGGUGUGGGAGCCCUUCUGUGCGGAGUUUGCAUGUACUCCCUGUGUCAGUGUGAGUUUUCUCCGGGUACUCCAGCUUCCUCCCACAGUCCAAAGACAUGCUGGUUAAUUGGUGACUCUAAAUUGUCCGUGAGUGUGAAUGGCCUCUAUGUGGAUAAGCAACAGCAAAUGGAUGGAUGGAUAGAUUACAUUUUUGAAUAACUUAAAAACAUGGAUCAUUACUUUUUGUACUUACACAAAAGUUUUGAUCUUAAAUAAUGACUUAAAAAAUACAGUUUUAACAAUCUUAAUGUGGGUACCAAUUGUAAUUAGAAUACUAAUUAUUAUUGUAACUCAAGCAUAUAUUUUGUCUGGAUCUUUGUUGUCUGCUCUGUCCUGAGUUUCUGGCAAUAAAACCUUUACAUUGAA